UUUUUUGUUGCCACCGCUGCUCCUUUCGUCCCCACUUAAGUUUUUUCACCAAAAGGAAUAUAUUAAGGUGAAAAAAGAGUAGGAGAUGGUGUUAAUUCUAAUACAAUGCAUUUUUUUAAGGAUGGACCAAUUAGAAUGGGGUUGACCAAAAAGUCAACAAUAGAAAAAUCAGAGAUUACUUGACGGGCAAGGAGGAUAAAAGUUCAAACAGUGAUCAGCUUCUGUUCAUAGAUUCUCUAAUCUUUUUUCUUUUUUGCUUUUGUUUUGAUUGAUUCAAGCCUUUAUCCGUGUUUUUGUUAUCUCUGCUUAGUGAAAUACAAGAAGUGAUCUUCAGUCAUAUAUUUCAGUAAUUCUUGUGAAAUUAAGUUCACCGGUCUUCGCAUUCUAGGCAUCAAGUCAAGGUUCUUGAGAAGAAAAGAAGUGGAACUGAAAACUGAGUAUGGAAACUGAAAAUUGCGAAACUUUUGGCACAACCUCACUAGAUACUACUAGUGUUGGUAUUGUUGGCCACUAUAAGUUCGAAAAUGGGUCAUCUCAGUUUGCUUUCAUGAAAGUUGAGAAUGAAAGAGGAGUUUCCCUUGACCAUUCCCUCAGCUUCUCUACUGAAAAUUUUGUGCAGACCCUUGCAUUUUGCAACAGCUUGAUUCUCAUGUCUGGUUUUAGUGGUGACAAAUCCUGUUACCAUGUGUUGAAUCCCUUCACCAAGCACAAUGUCAUGAUCCCUCAAACUAGUAUCCAAGGGGGUGUUGUUAGAGUUGGAUUGGCCUAUGAUGGAGACCAAUUUUUUGAUGUUGUUCUUGUUGAAGCAGGGUCCUCAAAUUCCAAUGGACUAAAACUGCAUGUUUUCUCUUCUGAAACUGGCCAAUGGAGGUGCCACUACCCCAUCAAUUUAGCUGCUGCCCCUUCUUUGCCAGAACAUGAGUUCCAAGAACUUGGAACACCUCCUCUUUACGCGAACGGCGCGAUUCAUUGGGAAAUAGAUGGAUAUUUGUUGGUGUAUCAAGUCCAAGGCAGCCAAUGUGCACUAUAUGAACUACCAAACUACUUUGAGGGUUGGUCUUGGCAAUCAACACUGCCUUACCGCCGUUGCUUGUGCGAAUCAGGAGGCAAGGUGUACUAUUGCUACUCCGAUUUCGAUGGCUUUCACAUUUGGAAUCUCCUCAAUGAGCAAGACCAUCUUGAAUUCUUCAAUUAUUAUGAUUACAAAAGGUUUCCAUGGAAACUAGUUCAUAGUGUCAUGCAUGAAGUGCUUAUGCCUAAGAACCAAAACUUUUUUGGCAGCUUCUUUGAUUGGGAGCCUUACAAGGUUGCACCUAUUGCCUACAUCGAAGAAGCACAGAUCAUAUAUUUGCAGCUUCCAGGAACUGUUGUUGCUUACAACUUUGACACAGGAACUAUGGAAUCAAUCUGCAACUACUCUUAUCCAGGCUUAAACUUCAGUUGCUGCUCAUUCUUUUCUUCAACUACUACUCUGCCUCACAAUGCACAGAGAGACAACACUGAUGGAGAAUUGGAGCUGAAUCUACCCAUAGCAGAGAUGGAAAAGUUAACCCUCUAAAUCAAGUUUUAAUUUUCACAUUUUGCUUGGUAAACAAUUAUAUGUGGAAGUAGUAUCCAUAUGUUGUGUAGAACAACUUUUUGAAUCCCUUAUUCGCUGAGACAUUGUUAUAUUUUAUCAUUUGUAUUUAGACCUAUGUGGCCAUCAAGCACUUUUUUAGACUGUGGGAUCAAUCCUUUUUCCUGUUCUGUAAUUUCACUGGUUUAUGUUUGUGUUGCUCUCA